AUGGCAGGCCUCGUCGUCCAUGUGAUGGCGUGGUACUCUGCUGUGAAAGGCUCCUUCGCCGACGCAGAGGCACUGUACAACGGACUGCUACACACCAUCGAGGGAUUCAUCGCGACUCCAAGGGAGACGUUGGCAGCUCAACUUAGCAGACACAGAGUCACGGGAUGCUAUGGUUACUGUGGCUCAUACCUCACGGAUCUGAGGCAGCAGGAGAGAAAGAAGUACUGGGUCUCCUUCCUGGACCGGGUGCGCAGGACCCGAUCCCUCCGGGAGGUGUGGCACCAUGUUAACUGUCCGGGGCAAGCCCAGGUGGCAGAUGACACCUGUGUGUCUAUUACACAUGAUGAACUUCUCUCAGCAGUUAAAUUGGGCAAGUCAGCAGCCCCUGGCAAGGAUGGCGUCACCUACGACAUCUUCAGUGCCCUCCUGGAGGUAAAGGUAGACAACCCUGUCUUAGACCUAUUUAACAUGUCUCUCACUGCAGGAAAGCUUCCCCACUCCUGGAAAACAGCCAUUAUCAUCCCAAUCCCCAAAGAUGAUGGAACGGGUAACGGAACAUGGAAUCAAAAGAACUUUAUCUCAUUCAUCAAUUCGUUGUCUUCUGCUUACUCUCUCUUCGCCACUAACUGCUCUUGUGAUCUUACUAACUGCAAGCCUCCCCUCUCCUGCCGCAUUGUUGAACAAGACUUUCUGUUUUCUUUCACUACUGUUGGAGAUGUAAUACGUAAGAUACUUUUUCCCAAGAAUGGAGUGUCGCCCGAGGCGAGACGCUGUUCAGUUGCUGUGUUAUCAAAUAACAAAAGAUACGUGUGCUGCCGUGCCUCCUUAACCUACCAGCCAAGCAUCCUAUAUGGCACAGUGACUCGCGGACCUGCUGCAGCAUCUCAUCAUGCCACUACCUCGCCGGUCCCCACGCUCGACACCAAGGGCAUCAGCGUCAACGGUGCCCCGCAGCCUCAUGCUGCUGCUCCAGCAGGCGAAGAAAAUUAUCACAGACCAACAUCAGGCCAUCACCACACUCCAAGGGAACAUAGCUGCCCUCACCGCCCGUGGCGCCUCGGUACACACCCCGCGGGUGCCUUCCUCAGCCACCCCCGGAAAGUGCGACCUAGAAAUGGCGCCAGCGGUCUUCAGGUCGUGGAGACGGUCCAUGGAAUGCUGGCUCCUUCUCUGCAGAUGGUCACAACGGGAGGCAGUCCACCACGUACGACUCCACUGCACACCGGCAUUACAGCGCGCCAUCGACGCAAAUUUCACCCUCGGUCAGCAGUCCACCCACAUCGAGUCAGCUCAGUCCUAUAGCCACCACCCGCAUCUCAAGCCUCAAAUAUGGGGGAUUUCUGCUCCCUUUCUGGACACACAACAAUUUGGCAACGUCGAAUCCUCUUCCACAACUGAGUGCCUGACCACUCAACUAUUUUUAGUAGACUGUGUUUACAAAUAGUUAGAACAAAUAAAGACGGGGAUGACUUUCACUUUCUUUGACUUAUGUCUUUGAUGUUAAUCACACAAUUAUCC